AUGGCCAGGAACGAGAUUGUUCGCUGCGAUCUGGUGUGCAGCCGUGGAGGCCGUUCAUACAAAUCUACAGCUACCAAACAAAAGGCGCACACCAAGAAGACGGGCUGUCCAUGGAAGGCAAAAGCAGUAUUCUGCAACCAACACAACCACGAGGCUGCAACACCCGAGCCUCUCGGCUUCCCAGAGGCUUGCGAUGAGGAGGGUUCUGAUGCGGAUAAUGAAGACGAAUUCGAGAAUGGAUCAAGACCAGAAACCGAGGCUUCGGCAGCGCUUCAAGUCGCAGGAGUAUCCGACAGCACCCUACGUCUGACUGGAGACUGA